AUGUUUUCUGUCACGCCGGUAAAGCUGCAUAGAAGCGUGAAAAUAGAAUCAGUGGAAUAUCCAGCAGUGACCAGGUUCUUAUACAUGAAUGGCCGCACACCGCAUGAAACCUUCCAUGAAAUGAAAGUAACUGACGGGGAGGAAGCCUCAUCAUACGACGCUGUUCAACAUCGGCAUCGCCAGUCCAGGUGUGGUCGGAGAUCUGUGCAAGCGCAUCCUACCCCAACGGCGAUCCAAGUCUACAUCCGUCAAGUGGAAACUGCAGUCUUGAAACAUCGACGUAUUAAUGUUUAUCAGCUUGCCCAAGAUGUCAAGAUUGUUGUUUCUGGGGACAAAAUCAUGCAUGACUAUCUUCAUAUCGAAAAGAUGUCUGCUCGAAGGGUUCCCAGGCUACUCACACCUUUCCAGAAGCAGGAAGUUCAUUGUUUCAAGGCUCUAUAG